AUGUUGUUCCCUUGUCCCAAUUCUUCCAGUUACCCCAUUUCAACGAGUGGUGUGGGAAGCUCUCAGCAUGGUUUUGGUGGUCAAAGCUCCAAUGCAUUUCUUGGUCUAAGGCCUAGUAACGAGAGUAGUAGUAGUGAUCAUGAAAAGAGAGGAGAAAGUGGUAGAGAUGCUGCCAUGUUAAUGUCUCAGAUCAGUGGUGGCAUUAAUGUGAGUGAUGAAUUAGGUGGUUUGGGAAAUAGUAAUAAUAACAACAAAAAGAAAGUGGAGAAAAAGGUUAGAAAGCCUAGAUAUGCUUUCCAAACGAGGAGCCAGGUUGAUAUUCUCGAUGAUGGUUAUCGAUGGAGGAAGUAUGGCCAAAAAGCUGUUAAAAACAACAAGUUUCCAAGGAGCUACUAUCGGUGCACGCAUCAAGGGUGCAAUGUGAAGAAGCAAGUCCAACGACUAACCAAAGACGAAGGGGUAGUGGUGACUACUUAUGAGGGAGUGCACACUCACCCAAUUGAGAAGACAACAGAUAACUUUGAACACAUUUUGAGUCAGAUGCAAAUAUACACUCCAUUUUGA